CACUCGCGGCCCUACAUGGCCUCCAUCCAGCUGGACGGGCAGCACGUGUGCGGCGGCUUCCUCGUGUGGCCCAAGUGGGUGAUGACCGCAGCCCACUGCCUCAUCCCCAGGCGCAGCCCCUCGGUGCGCGUGGUGCUGGGCGCGCACCAGCUGGAGGAGCCCGAGCCCUCGCAGCAGGUGUUCGGCGUCGCCGAGUCCAUCGCGCACCCGCGCUACGACCCGCGCUCCGUGGACAACGACAUCCGCCUGCUGCGCCUCAACGGCUCGGCCACGCUGAACACGCACGUGAAGCGGAUCCGCCUGCCCCCGCCGCGCGUCGACCUCCAGCCGGGCACCGUGUGCUCCGUGGCGGGCUGGGGGGACACGUCCAACUACGGCGAGCAGCCCCGCAGCCUCAUGGAGACGCGCACGAUGGUGGUGAAGCGCAGCCUGUGCCGCACGCUGUGGCGGGGCCGCGUCUCGGCCAACAUGCUGUGCGCGAGCAGCCCCAACACGACGCUGCAGGGCGUCUGCGCGGGCGACUCCGGGGGACCCCUUGUCUUCAAGGCCAAGGUCUACGGCAUCGUCUCCUUCUCCGGGGAGAGGUGCGGCGAUCGGCGCCACCCCGACAUCUACACCAAGGUCUCCAACUACGUGGGCUGGGUGCUGCGCACGGCGAGAGGGCGGCGCCGGCACUAG